UCCAGUUUUAGAAUAUAUGAAUAAAUAAAAAUGAGUGUUUUUUGAUAAAGCUACAUUUUCUAAUAACUGGGAACCAAAACAUAUGAAUGCAUAAAUAUUAAUUCAUUUAAUCAAUGACCUGAAUUGCAAAUUUUUUGUAGAGAGACAAAGAAACACAUCUGAAAAAAGACAAGAGACAGAGCUCAUCUCUUCUCUCAGAGGUGAUUCAAGUUAAGACAAAGCAUCAAACUCCACCUCUGUCAUCUUGUGGGUCAGGCAAGGUGGAAGCUAAAGCCAAGGCUGCCGGUGGCUGCCAACGUUCCUCACAGAACGGUGCUGCUAUGUCUGGGGAACAGGCAAGGAAAGAGACCCAAGAUAAGCAGGUAGAGUCAAAGCCCACGUUGCCCUUAUCACUAGAAGCUGGUACAUUGAGGCAAGACUUGAAUUCUCAUCAUGAACAGCAUGGCAAAGGCACAAAGGCUGAAAGAAGAAGAAUGAAAAGGAAAAUGCAGAGGAUGAGAAGGAAGGGGUGCAUACAGCGAGAGGAUAAUAAUGAAUCUGAAGUUAGAAAAGCAGAGGAAGAGACAAUGAGCAUGGAUUUAGGUGAACCUUCAGUGCUGCAUGUUACGACAGAGAACGAGAUGGAGCCGUGCAGUAAAGUGACUCCAAGAGGAAGGAAGAGGCUGAGGACAUUGAGUAAUGACUGUGUGACCCAAGUUGUCACCACCCCUAUGAGUGAAAAGUCGAGCUGUGAGCAAGAGGAGCAGCAGGCGGAGGAGGCGGGCAGUGGCGAUGAGGUUCUCAGCAACACCGAGCAGCUGCUGCACAUGAACAGGAAGAGGCUCCGAUGUCAGGCUGAGUCAAGUGGCGGUGAGUAUAAAGAGAAUAUCGAUCCUAAGGAUGAAAACGUGAGCAGGGAUUCAGCCAAAGACCAUCCCUACCAACUGAGACGUCAUCGGGCAGUGCGAGGAAACGAGAAUAUUAAGCAGCCUAAUGGAACAGUCUCAAGAGUCAGACAGGCUCCUAAUCCGUAUUCCUACAAAUAUCUUGCGAUGAAUGAGACGGUGACACAGCGUUAUGUAGCUCUUUGUGAAGUGUGCAGCAAGCCAUACCGGUCGCGCAAGCUGGCGAGACACUUGAGAGAUACCCACAAGAAGGAUAACGCGACCGCUAAGGUCUUAGUGCAAAAAGCCCUGCAACACAAACGACUUGUACUGCUAACCGCGACUCCCAUCAAUGGCCGAUCAAUAGGCAAGUUUGUGCCGGAAGAUGUUGUCGAAGAAAUGAGACGCGAUAUGAUGCGCGGCAGCAGCUCUGAAUUCAAUAUGAAGCAACAAAAACAAAAGUCAAGGGACCAAAAAAGUCUUCGACAUCAAUCACCACAGCCUUUUCUCGCGGUAAACAACAAGCAAACCGAUCGGCUCGCGAGAAGAAAGGGAAAAGCGUUGGCCUCGCAAGUGGCUACCUCAAACAACUUGGCACAACUCAAAGAAUCAUUUCCAAAACUCAACGAGGUCUUGAACAACUUUCAUGUAUACCUGUUGCAAAUUGCCAAGACAGCAAAAGGAAGGGAGUCGGCGAACAGGUCAUUGAAUGACAUUCAGACAAUAGUUUGGGACCAUCUAUCAGACACGGACAAGAGACAUGGGAAACACAUGGAUAUCCCUCAAGUCCUGCGAGUGCUGAACCAAUUUUUGACUUCACACCGUCUGAAAAGUGCAGGAAUCGCCACACCCGAUACCUCGAAGAGGACCUUGAUAUCGGUCGCGAUCUUUGUCUAUCAUAUCCACCGUCUGGAGCUGAUGAGCUAUGCAAAGUAUGACCGAAAACCUUACGUACAUUCUGAAGAGCUCGUUCCACUUCCACUUCAGGCGGCAAGUAAGCUCCAUAAUUCGCCCGCAAUCGCGUCAUGGCUGGCUAAGGUGAGGCAAGUAGCCCUGCUAAAUAAAGAAGGCUUUGCUAUUCCAGCACAACUGCUUGCUGUUGCACCCUCGAGAAGCAAUGCAAUGAAUCUAGGAAACAUUUUAAUGACGAUGAUCGGAAUCGAAACUGGUAGUCAUUCCCUGGCGUUAACGACAUUCAACAUGGAAUCCUUCCGGAAACCCCAAGCAAUAACUAAAGAAGCCAUCUGGUACAAAAUCACCGGAGAAAAAAUAUGGUGCUACAUCCUGGUGAGCAAGAAUUAUGCCCGAUUACUCCAGACAUACGUGCAUCUUUACCGGCCGUGGCUCACUCAGGACAAAGAAAAUGCUGCUCCGGUGUUUGUUUCCCCCAGCUCCUCAACUACAGAGGCACAAGCUCUCUUACCUUCAACCGCCGACCAAAUAGCCAGCAAUGUUAUCUGCAAUAUUGCCAAAAUUCCAGGAUGCACCGGAUUCACUUUCCUGAAGUUCCGCUUGACCAUCAUAACGUACUCCCAGUGCUGUCCACAUCUUACUGAUGUUCAAAAGAAUGAUAUAAUGGAUGAUUUAGGGCACUUUCCAAGUACUGUGGACAAACAUUUAACAACCGCGAAACUCAUAGCAACGACAGAAGAAGUAUCAAAAUUCAUCCAGGGUCUUCUCAAAGAAACGGACCUGCUUGGAAAUAAAAUCUCGAGAUUCGUAGCAUCGGCUGGCGAAGUAUCAGAAUCCAUCCAGGGUCUUCUCGAAGACUUUGACCAGCUUGAAAAUCAGAUCUCUGCCUCCGCAGUAAAUUCAGUAGAAUUAUCAGAAAUAAUCCUGAGCUGUAUUCAAACCGCCGAAGAUGCAGCGACGAACCAUGGCGCUGGCGAACUGUUCGCUUGGAGGAUGAUAAGGAGGAUGAGGAACGAACGAUGAAUAAUUCUCUGUUGAUGCUGAGGAGAGUAGUUUUAUGUUGAAUAGUAGUCAAAGAAAUAAACUGUCGAAGAAAUAUCCCUACAAAACCAACAGUCGCCUCAAAAACACCACUGUCUCGAUUAUCUGGCGAAUCAUCAAAUUCUACCCUCUCACUAGACACGCCACAACCACCACAGCAACACCUGCUGAUGGCCUGAGUUGUUUCAUUAAGCUCUCAAAAUUGCAAACUUGGCUGACCAAAAAUUACUGAAUGAAGAACUGUCAUGUACUUCGAAAAAGCUGUCAUUUUAUAUGAUGACAUCAAGAACAUCAAAGAGAAUCUUGAGGAGCGACGUAGACGCCAGUUGAAAGAGGAUGACUGCUUCCUACUAGCUAGACUGCUAGAGUAUGUAUAAAUGUAUACUCUUAGUAUAUAAAGAUUCCUAAUUUCUCAAUUGUCAUCAACCAAUAAAUAAUUGUGUUUGGUAAUGAUUAUAUACGUUUAGUAUGUAUAGAGGCUGAAUUUCAUAAGUGCUAAGGUAGUGACUCGCUGCAACGAGGAUGCUGUGGAAAGUGCCAAAGUAUAAAAUUACUUACAAGGAAGCAGAAAGAAAAAGGCUGUAGAAAUGAAGAUUUUUAUUAUAUUUCCACGGAAAUGAGAUUAAUAUUUCCAAUUUAUAUAAGCUUCUGUGUUUAUGGUCUUGUUUUCAAUGGAAAUUUUGAAAUUUUUUUUGCAAUUGUUCAGUUGUGUGAACUCAACAGUCCAUUGUACUCUGAAGUUUGACUAAUGUAUUCUGAUUGAUUAUAGUUUAGUUGUAAAGUAUAGUGCAGUUCUCGUUUUGAAUGGAAAUGUUUG